CAUUUCCGCAAAUCAAUUCAAGGGCAAAUAACCCUGCUCUGAUUAUCUCCCCUGAAUUAAAUCGCACCCGCGUGGAAGGGUCACGCCUCGUUUCUAACAACCUUUAAAUAAACUCAUUCAUUCUUUUGAUUUUUUUAAAAUCAAAGAAUGAUGAAAUUCGUUAUUCAAAAAGUUUGUCAUGGUUCAGCUCGAUGUGGAGUUUUAAGUCAGUUUGGCCAAAAUGCUGAACAAAUUCUCGAAACCCCAUUAUGUAUGUUGUAUACUCGAGGAGGUAGCACACCUCACAUUUCUGGAGAUAUUUUAAAUCACAUGAAGAACAUUCCUGGAUUAAUCCAAGUCCCUUUCAGUCACUUUGUUGAACAUCAGGAAACAUUGGAAUAUUUUGGCAAAGGCAUAAAACAGUUUGCUUCACUGAAAAAUGGUUUCAUAUACACUUCAGUUCAAGAUCCUGCUGCAGAAGUUCCAUCUGGUUACAAUGAUAAAAAUGGUGUAGCAGUUUGGAGUAAAGGUGGAAAAACAAUGGCUGAUGUUGAGCUUUUCAUGAAAUCAAUGGAAGCUAUGAUGCCAGAUUUUUACCAAGCCCUCAGUGAUGGUGACACUGAACAGAGUAGCACAGCUAAGCGCACCAAGAAAUCUGUGGAUAGAACUUUGGAUUUUUUAGAUGAAAUCUUACAAAUACACAACAAGUCACCAAAAUUGAAAAAUACAGCUGUUUUUGGUGUAGUUGAGGGUGGCUUUUUGAAGAGGGAACGAGAAAGGUCAGCAAAAAAUACAGCAGCCAGAGCUGUUCAAGGUUUUGUGAUCGAAGGGCUGCAUCGCUCCGGUGUCACAUCCGAAAGUGUUACAACCGAGAAAAUGAACGAAGUGUUAAGUCAUGUGAUUAGCAAUUUACCUGAAGACAAACCUCGCCUAAUGCAGUCAUUGUGGACACCUGCGAAAGUGUUAGAAGCUGUUGAACAAGGAAUUGAUAUAUUCGACAGUUCAUAUCCAUAUCUUGCCACAGAAAGGGGAGCAGCCUUGGUUUUCAGUUUUCAGUCUACUAAAUCUUUGAAAGAGUCUAACAACAGAACUGGUUUGAGACCAUUUGAAAUAGCUCUUUCAGACCCAGAUUAUGCUGAAGAUUUCUCACCAAUCUUGGACAAUUGCACCUGUUAUUCAUGUACCAAUUUUACAAGAGCCUACAUCAAUCACCUCUUAAAGACUUCUGAAAUACUAGCUCGUGUUCUGCUCAUGCUCCACAACUUCAGUCAUUAUUUCAGCUACUUUGAGGCAAUACGUCAGGCUCUAAAAGACAAUACAUUUCUUCAGCUCAAAGCACUCAUCCAAGAACAGGCAUCAAUGUUAGACAAAGAAUAAACCAAAUUAUGUUAAAUAAAUAUUUUGUUCUUCAAAUACCUGA